UCAAGGAAGGUCCAAAAUGUCUGAACUCUUUAUGGAAUGUGAGGAGGAGGAACUGGAGCCAUGGCAGAAACAAGUCGUGCAAGUCAACUUGGUAGAUGACGAUGACGACGACGAGCCCAUCUUUGUUGGAGAACUCAUUAGUAACCAAAGUACAGAGAAGGCUAUCCCUCCACCUGUUCAGAGAACUGAGGAAGAACAACCCAGAAUAGCGUCUCUCACUGCGACACCUACCAGGCCGUCGACGCAGAUCGUGCUCUCAUCCAACGUACCUGGGAAGGGAGUGAAGAGUGUCGCUCCCAGUAUAACGACGAUAAUGCCGCAGCCUGUGAUUGUUAAUAACCAGGGCUUCAUUGUGUCACCGCCACAACUACCAAAUGCAGAGUUGAUUGCCUCUCUCGGCAAACAGUAUCCUCCAGGAACAUCAUUCACAAUACUUCCAGCAGGUCUGCAGCGUAUGACUCCAGCCAAGAUCAUACCUGGUGUUGUCCAUAGGCCCCAGGUGCAGCAGAUCAACAACAACAUAGUGACCCUGUCCAAUGUUCAGAGCCCUGUCGCAUAUUCAAUGUCAUCUAACCAGCUGCAAACUAACCGGCCCAACUCACAGCCCAUCCAGAUCAUCUCUCUACCUGUUAAGGCCCAUGGAAACAGCAUUGAUCAAAACGGUGCAAAGCGAGGAUUACCACCACUAAAUGACAUCUCAGUAAAAAAAGCCAAGUUGGAUAUGGUGCCCGUCGAGCCGAGUAAAGUGACUGAUCCUGUGGAAAAUGGGACCUUCAGGAAAAAGUGUCCUAAGUGCAGCACAGAGUUCCUUCAUCAGGAAACCAUGAAAUGUCAUAUGAUGAGCUGCUGUCCCAACCUAAUGGAGAGUGUGUUUCCAGCAAACACGAAUUCCCCAGCCACAGCCAAGCGGAUCAUGCUUGUCUCGGACUUCUACUAUGGUCGAUUUGAAGGAGAAUGGCAAAAGCGAAGGGUGCCAAAGACCAAUACUACCUUCAAAUGCCAGAGCUGUUUAAAAGUCCUGAAGAAUAAUAUCAGGUUCAUGAACCACAUGAAGCACCACCUGGAGCUGGAAAAGCAGAAUAGUGAGAGCUGGGAAAGCCACACAACCUGCCAACACUGCUACCGGCAGUACACGACUCCAUUCCAGCUGCAGUGCCACAUCGAGAGCGCCCACAGUCCUUUCGAAUCAUCAACUAUCUGUAAGAUAUGUGAAUUGGCAUUUGAGUCAGAACAAGUUCUUCUGGAGCACAUGAAAGACAACCACAAGCCUGGAGAAAUGCCCUACAUCUGUCGGGUGUGCAAUUACAGGUCAUCUUUCUUCUGUGACGUAGAGACACAUUUUCGAAGUGCGCAUGAAAACACAAAAGAUCUACUGUGUCCCUUCUGCCUUAAAGUCCUCAGAAGUAGUCAUUCCUACCUUCAACACUACAUGAGACAUCAGAAAAAAGGAAUCCAUCGCUGUGGAAAAUGCAGACUAAACUUCCUCACCUACAAGGAGAGAGUUGAUCAUAAGACUCACUACCAUAAGACCUUCAAGAAGCCGAAAGCCCUGGAGGGCCUUCCCCCAGGAACAAAGGUGACAAUCCGAGCCUCCUUCACUGGAAAAUCACCGACCACUCCAGAUCACCUCGAUUUAAAUACCAGUCCAGAGGUUCCAACGUACCAUCAGCAGAACAGAGCUCACAGCAAUGUGUCCAAGACUAAGCUGAUCCUGCCAGCUGUGAUGAAAGCCACAUCUGAUCGGGCCAAGAAGCAAGAGCGCCGCAUAUCGAAGCAUAACCUGUCUCUAAGGAACCUCAGAACCAGUGGAGGACAUUACACGUGCAUUGAGUGUGACACGAAGAUCCACGACUUCUUUGACCAUUAUCCCAUCUUUGUAAACUGCGGAGCGUGUAAAUACCGGACCAGUUGUAAAAUCUCCAUUGGGAAUCACAUGAUACGGUUUCACAGUGCCAUUACAAAAGACCGGUUUAUGAAAAUGAAAAAUCGGAAAGGUCCCGGAGCUUGGAAGUUUGGUCUGUCCUGUCUCAACUGUAAUCUCUUCAUGGACGGAUCCAGAAGCGACCUCAUGACCAAACAUUUAGCUGAGCAUCCAAAUCAUACGUGCAAAGUCAUUCACGAGAAAGACACCAAGGCUCCGAGUCAGAGGCAUCUUGCAUUGGGGGAACCGUCAAAGGUCUUGCUCAUCUUUCGGUCAGCGCCCGCCGAAGGACUAAAGAACAUUGCCGUGAAACAAGUGGAAAAGGUGGACUCGGGAAGUGUUCUUCUCGUCGUUAACGAGGCCGCCGUCCACCAACCGAAAGGGGCGGCAGAGCAAAAGGUCCUGUCUCUGGCCAAAGGAGCGACGGAGACGACCGCCGUCGAAGGUCAACAGACAGUCAGUCAGUCGUCACCGCCGAGUUUGCCGUCCUCCGCAUCAGGGACAUCUGACAAAGGUUUGGUUCUGUCAGGAGCGUCGUCGAACAGCGAGGUCAGAGAGCCGGUCACUCCCCCGGUCACGUCCCCCAGCUCGUUGACUGUCCUGAAACAUGACAUGGCGUUCGCGCCAAUUGAGGCGGCGUCCUUGUCCAGUCAGAGCAAACCGGACGACCCACUCGCCAUAUUGUAAGAUGAACAAGGAAUGUCUACACAUGUACAGAUGACUCCUCCAUUAAGCAUCCUUUUUAACGUGGUAAUAGUUUUAUUUACCCCCCGCCUUAGGCUUUGCUCCACCUGCGCUUUUUCUACGAACACGAGUUUCCUGCUGUAAAGAGGACAUUGGUUUAGUGAGCAGCUGGACUGAAAACGCAGCCUGUCUGUUGUGUAAAUGCGGUGCCUGUGGAAGGUUUACCUGCCCUGUGAAGACGUGCACCUCAUCUGCCUUGCAGUCUGAAAUAUGCCCCCCCCCAACUCCCAACGUGCUGGUGUAUGAACCACAAGGAAGUGAUUGUUAAACAAGGUUUGUGUAGUAACUGGGUUGUAUAAAUGUACCGGGUCCCUGUACAGUAGUUGUAAAUUAGCAGAGGUGUGCCCUUACUCCCUCUAAUCCCUCCACCUGAGUACCGGCUCUUUCUUUUUUCUUUUUGCAUGUUUUGACCUGUUUACUACAACUGGCCUAUAUUUUACAUCACUCCUGACCCUUGUUGGCAUUUUCCGCCUUUAUUGGAUGGGAUAGUAGAGAGAGACAGGAAAGGCGGGGGGGGCGGGAUCACAUGCAGUGAAGGGCCCGGGCCAGAUUCGAACCCGGGCAGCUGCAGUAAGGGCUGAGUCACCAGGGCUCCCCCAAUCCUGACCCUUCUCCAAAGCACACUAGCUUUUUUGUCACCUUUGAAGGAUUUUUUUUCCCCAGCAUUCCCUGGAGCCACUGGUUUCAACACAUUUCAGUAUGCAGUGAAAAUCAACCUGCAGAGACUUGAACCUGCGUGAUACAGAUAAUCCAUCACAGUGAACGUUUAGUCAGCGUUAUUUUGUCAGUUACACCGUCGUUGCAUGACGGGGCAAUUGAAAGUGUGGAUAUUGUAAAGUCCUCUUGCGUGGCGCCUUCCACGACAGAGUUGAAUCAGCUGCUAAACAGGAAACUUUAUUCUAAGAAGCUCCUGAAGUCCCUUUAUCCUUUUUUAAAUUUGUCCGUAUCAGAUUUCUGUUUAUCUUCUGCACUCGAGUUUAUGACAGCAUGGCUCAUGAAGCGCACCAGAAUGCACCACCCGGAGGACUUAAAAACAAUCCAUGUGGGUGUCCGGGUAGCAUCGCGGCCUAUUCCGUUGCUACCAACACGAGGAUCGCUGGUUCGAAUCCCUGAGUUAUCUCCGGCUUGGUCAGACGUCCCUACAGACACAACUGGCCAUGUCUGCGGGUGGGAAGCCAGAUGUGGGUAUGUGUCCUGGUCGCUGCACCAGUGCCACCUCUGGUCGGUCGGGGUGCCUGUUCAGGGGGGAGGUAGAACUGGGGGGAAUAGUGUGAUCCUCCCACGUACUACGUCCCCCCUGGUGAAACUCCUCACUGUCAGGUGAAAAGAAGCAGCUGGUGACUCCACAUGUAUGGGAGGAGGCAUGUGGUAGUCUGCAGCCCUCCCCGGAUCGGCAGAGGGGGUGGAGCAGAGACCGGGAAAGCUCAGAAGAGUGGGGUAA